UCAAAGUCAAUUUUGGGAGCACUCCAAGUAGCAGCUGUGUUUAGUUCUUGGCCAUAAAGUAGUUUACUGGGUUAGUAUCCAGAGGUAUCAUUUUUCAUUGAACGUAGGGCUAAAAGGGCAGCAGGAAUGAACUUGUCCUGAUCCUUAGUAUUUCCAGGUCGUGUACUAUUUUUGCUGAGACAUUUGUAAGAGUUCGAUUAGUUUGUUCACACAAACCAUUGCAUUGCGGCCGAAACGCUGCCGUUGUUAGAUGUCUGCAUUCCAACGAUUUCAAAAAUAAAUCAAUAUAGAUGGAGGUGAAAUUUGACCCACGGUCUGUUAACAAGAACUUUGGUACACCAAAAUGUUGGACGAUAUGACUGUAAAGGAAGUUUUGCAUGUCCAUAAUUUAUUCAAUCUCAGGUUUGCGUGUCCAUGCCACCUUAUCUUAAUUACUAAAUAUGACAAACAUAACAAGGGAACAAGCUAUAUGCAUGCUAUAUUGUGAAGUUUUUAACGUUGAAAAUGUCAAGAAACUUGUGCCUACUAUUGACGCACUAAAAAAUUUGGAGAUUUGCUAUAAAGAGGAUCCCAUUCGCCCAAUGGUGACUUCCGUCCUCAAAAUAAAUGCCUACCCUUUCUUAUACAAGCGAUAUUCAGUCAAGGAAAAUGAAUCAAAUAAUGAAGUUAGCACAAGUGUGAACGAAAAUCAAAAGGUUUUAGUCAAUAAAGCACAAGUAGCCAAUUUUCUCAAUAACGUAUAUUUGCCUGUUAACCCAUUCAACGAAGAGGCAUAUGUUUGCAAACAAAUAGAGACCACAGAUAUCUUAUCUUUAAUACAAAAGUACUUAAAUCUAUUCAAAAAUGUCAGCGUCCUGGGAAAAUGGUUAAAAUCGGCAAAGGUAAAUCUGAUAGACUCUCCAAUAAAAAGAGUUCAACACAGCAAAGGAGAAAAAGUACAAGUAAGGAACUUAUAUGUCCUGAAAGAUGAAUAUCAAGGUAAGUUUGGCUUCAUUUUAUAA